AUGGCCGUCCCUAUUUCAAUUAUGGGCAAGGUUGAAUCAUCGCCAGACGCUUAUAAAUACUCCGAGCACUAUCUUCCAUGGCAUGCACACAUCACUGCUCUUACUGUGGCUCCUGAAGCCCGUCGGCUUGGCAUUGGUAAGAUUCUAACGGAACAACUAGAAGCAGCUGCCAACGCCAACGACGCGUGGUUCAUGGACCUCUUUGUUCGGAGAAGUAACGAUAGGGCCAUCGCAUUCUACAAGAACAUGGGAUACAGUGUUUUCCGGGUGGUGAAAGACUACUAUGGAGACCACGCUGUAGACGUUACAAAAUGUAGCGAGGAUGCGUUUGAUAUGCGCAAACCCUUGAAAAGAGAUGUGAAGCAUGAGCAUGUCAGAGACGAUGGAGAGAAUCACGAAGUUGACCCGGAAGAUGUGUGGUGA